GAGAGAGAGGGAGGGAGUUCGGCAGCGAUAGGACACGUCUUAUAAAGAGACAGUUACCUGUCUGAAGGAGAGCGCGCGCAACUGACUCGCACCUGGACAUGGCGCAGGUGGACAGCGAAUCUCUGCACUUCUCUGUGGGCAUUCUGGCCAUCUCUGGAGGCUCUUUGCUGCUCCUGGUGAACGACUAUGGCCAGACUGCGGGGCGAGAGCUCAUUCCCAACACCGCGCUCGGCGUCCUCCUCCUCAUCAUUGCCGCAUUGCUCGCCUACUCAGGUGUGCGGCGCAAUCUCUCGCACAACCCGCUCUGUGUGUGUCUGUCUCUGACACUCUCUGCCCUGUGGUGCGGCUCAGGUCUGGUGCACAUUCUGGUUGGGCAAGGAGUGGCCCAGCCCAGAAUUGCCAUGGUGCCAGGGCUGGCAGCCUUCGCUCUCACCUUGCUGAUCAUAGGUACAGUGGGGGUCCUUCAGAAGGAGGUGGUCCUCUCGGUUAUCGCGUUUGCGAUCAGUCUAGCCUGUGCACACCAGAUUGCUGGCCUCUGCACUGUGACCUUUGGCCAGGGGGCCACAGCUGCCAACUACCUGCUGGUCUGCUUCUUAGGAGCCUACUUUGGCAGCGGUCGCUUGCUUUCGUACAUCACUAAUGGUCAGGUGCAGCUGCCAGGCACCGAGCUGCGAAAAAAGGGAGAGCCAGCCUCCACACAGGCUCAGGAGCAGAAUGACUUCACGCCUGUGGGGCUGGCCAUGAACUUGCUUUCUGCCAGUGUGCUGGCAUGCCGCCUGCUGGGCGUGGUGCUUGAGCUGUCCGCCGGCCUGGUGCCGUGGCUGUGGACAGCGGGUGUGUUUCAGCUUGCAGUGUGCGUCCUGUCCUACCGUGCCAUGGACACUCUGAUGGCCACCUUCUAUGGCUUCACAGCAGUGUUGAAGUUUGCGGAGGGCUACAGUUUGCUGCUGGCCCAUUUUGGCUAUGAGCCUUACUCUCCCGUGCCAUUUCCCACUGUUUUUUCCGUGCUCUUCUUUGUUCUGGCUCUAUUCAGCACUCAGAAGAGCAUAGCUGAUUGUCUCUACCAGCUCUUCUAUGUUGCCUACUGCAUCUCUAUUGCCGCUCAGCCCAGAGGCUUUUUUCAGGGUGGCACACAAGGCGUACAGGCAGCCAUCUUUGUAGCCUCUGCCUUGAUGCUGUUAGUGACCUUGUACAAUAAGGUUUCACCCAACAGAGUGCCCACAGGGGAGGGUCUAUUGAAAGCCCUGCUGGCACGAACCAGCCGGUUCACCCUGCGGCCCCAUGAUAAAGAGCUGCAUGCCCCCUACCUGGGUUUCUCCAGGUAUGCAGAUGCCGAGGUGCUAGGCCACGCUAGCAGUGUCUUGGCAGCCUUUGCCAUCACAGCCACAGUGGGAUCUGGUGGCCCCCUAGCUGUGCUGGUGCUCCCCUGGGCUGUGGUUCCUGGCGGCCUGCUCCAGCUGCUGUGUGGUUCGGUGGCCUUUGCCCGGGGAAAGACGCUUGAGAGCACCGCAUUCACUUUCUAUGGCAUCAUGUGGACCGUGUGGGGCUUGACGCGCUACGGGGGCCUCUAUGGCGACACUCGAGGUUUCAACUUGGCUGUGGGCAUCAUCUGCUUCAUGCUCUUUAAUUGCUUUGUCACUGUCGGGGCUCUGUUUCUCAACAAGGCCUGGUUUGCCUCCUCCCUUACCUUCCAGCUUAUCCUCAUCAGCUUCCUGUUGGAUGCAGUAGGGGCUCUGCCCUAUGGCUAUGACAUAGGUGUGACCAUCAUCUUUGGCCUCGUCAGCUUCUACUGUUUCCUGGCUUGCCUCUUUAACAGCAGCUUUGAGACUCCACAGCUGCCUCUGGGUGAGCCCUUCAUCAAGCUAAGUGGCUUUGGUGGCGGUAAGGACAGCUGUCCCCACGUACCUGCUCGCAAGGCAUCAUCCGUCCACCAGAUUGCAGAAAUCAUGAAGCAUGGAGGCAUCUGUGGCAUGCCAACGGACACAGUCUAUGUUCUUGUGGCAGCUUGCAAUCAGCCUGAAGCUGUGGAAAAGGCAUACAAGACCAAGGUACAGGCCCAGGAUCGACCCAUGUCUUUAUGGAUCUCUAGCCUAAAGCAGCUGGAGCCAUCCAAGCACCUCAUUAACCCUGUGCUCUGGGACUUCAUGAAAGCUGCAUGGCCUUCUUCAAUCAGCAUGGUCAUCCCAAGAGGUCCAUGGAUGGAUCUCUUUGGCUUGGAAAAUUCAGCAAAGUACAUAGGCACUCCGCAGAGCAUCGCCAUCCGAAACCCUGACUGCACUGUGGCCACACACCUCAUGAACUUGGUUGGUCCCAUUGCUGUAACAUCAGCCAAUCCCACAGGAGAAGCAGAUACAACACAUCACAACCAGGUCUACGCCAAGCUGGGUGACAAGGUUGACGGGGUGCUUUGUGAUGGUCCCUCCCCAGAAAAUAUUGCCUCUACUGUUGUAGACUGCACCAAGAUUGAAAGUGGCCAAAUUGGUUUCUUCAGAGUCGGCGUAAUCCCUAAAUCUAAGGUGCUGCAGAUCUUUGAGGAGGUUCAGAAGAAGCACUCUGUUGGUCAGGUCAAUCCAAGCUUUGAGUCAGACCUGUCAGAGGAUCAAGAAGAAGGUCAGCAUGAGACAGAGCCCGUGACCCUUGAGGGGCCCAUCAGCCAAAGUGAAGAAAAUCCUGUGAAUGAAGAGGACGAGUCAUUAUAGCACUAGCCGUCACUGCACACUUUCAUCAAUCUAGCCUAGAGAACUGCUCACUAGCAAAUUAUGUAUUCUCCUGAAUAUAAAUCAGUCAUUCAGAAUAUUUCACUGUUGUACAUUUUAAAAAUGUGUUUAUUGUAGACAAGCUAUUGCAAAAGAGAGAGGUCUCUGUAAUGUAUGUUUUCCAAAAGAAAAUACUGCAAAAUUUUGAACUCAUGUAAAGUUAAAAACUUAAAAUAUGUACUAUUUAAUACAAACUUGUGUUUUAAAGAUAUUCAUGAAAAUUUCACGAUUUUCGCCCACUGGGAUGAUUGAAACUGAUUAGUUGUUAAUUUAAUUGAUGAAUCCAUCACUGCAUUUUCUGGUUGUG